AACGAACCGACGAGAGCGAGGAGGAGAAGAUGAUCACGGCCCUAACCUGCAAUGCUUGCUCAACCCCGCUAUCCCCCACCGAAACGCGUGUUAUCUGCCGCGUCUGCGCGAAUUAUGACCUCUGCAGCAACUGCCACACCCUUGGCCGCUCCUCGGACUCUCACGAGGUGCAGCACGAAACCCUGAUCCUCUACCCACCCACCAGCAUCUCCCGGGACUACCACGUGCCUCCAGCUCCUCCACCCCCGCUCCCUCCUCGCUCCGGCAACAACAUUGGAGAGACUAGCCCGCAUCCGUGCCCCGCCCCGCUAGCGGCCCGCAUUCCCACCGCCGCGAGCAAGCUCCUAUCGAGCAACAACACCCCAACGAGGCGCCUAAAGGACCUCUCGGAUGCGGUCUUCGCACAUGUGAGCAGAACCUACCCCGGUGCGAACCAGCACUUACUAAACCCCGGCCAAAUAUCGAAUUUCUACGAACUCACUGGGAAACCACUCAAGGAGAACUCGUUCGGCUUGUGGAUCAACGAAGCGGAUGGUGGUCCCAACAAUACAGAUCCCGAGGUCGCGCAUCUCUACGAUCGCCUGGGGAUCGAGUACUCGCUCAUCACGCGCGUCACUGGAGGGGGCUCGCAGGUGGCGAUAAAUCGCAUGCCCGUGCUCAGUCACCGCGGCUUCAGGCAGCUUCUGGUCUGCGAGAUACUGGAGGACCCGGGGCACGCGCACUCCUUCUUCAACCGGUUGGUACGCCUGGCGAUAGUUGAUGACAGCGGACGGGCGUUCGGGGAACUACCUCGGGGAAUGUUCCCGGCAGAGCCUGACCCGGCUUUCGUGGCCAAGGUCGCAGCGGUCACGGAUGAAUUGUGCGCGCGCGUGAAGGCACUUAUUGCCAGGUUGAAGCGUGAGAAGGAGGAGAAGGACCGGAGGGAGUGGGCCAUGGUACAGGAGGCACUGGCGCAGCGGGAGCGUGAGAAGGAGGAGGCCCAGAGGGAGUGGGCCCUGGCACAGGAGGCCCUGGCCCUCCAGGAGAUGGAGUUCGCGCAGAUGGCUCAGAUCGAGAUGCACAGGGCGAACUUGGAGGCCAUGUGCGCGAUGAAUGAAAAGAAUUUGGCCAACUUGCACUAUGGUAACCAGCUCACGCUGCAGGCGGAUCAAAAUGCAUUGUCGUAUAUUGAGUAAGCGCUAUUUGAUAGUCUGCCCUUCUGUUAUAUCAUAGAGUACUCGAGUUCAGUGCUCUACAAGUAACCUACGAGCUUACUUUUUUCUCCUGUCUUUUUUUACAUUUCUGACUAGUAUUAUCUUUUCUUUUCCCCCUUUUCCCCUUUUCCCCUUUUCCCUUUUUUUUUUUUUCACAAGAAAAAUAAAACAAAUAUAUUUCCUUCCA